AUGCAAUACAUGCAUAAAGGGAUUUUGUUACUUAUUUUAAAAUGGAUAUGUAAAUAUUUAAUUUAAUGUUAUCCGUAAUGUUUAUUCAAUCAUAAAUAAAUAUAUCCAUGUUUUGAUAUUGAAAAAAUGAAUUAUUAGAAUAAUACUAAGUAUCUGUGUUUAUUUCAUAAUCGGUAUGUGGAGAUUUCUUAAUUGAUUUAUUCACUAAACAAUGUGAAGAUGCGAAUAUUUUUCCAUUUGAUGGUUGAUAUAUUUGCUAAUUUUCUUGUCCUGAUGAAUGAUAAUGUUGUGCCUUAGGUAUUUGCUUAUAAUGAAAUGAAAAUUGUGGUUUAGUUUAUAAUUAAUGUAAUGCUAUUUUUUGAAAUGGAUAUGCAUAAGGAAAUGAAUUAUCUGAUAAUGGAUAAAUAGAUAUCUAAUAGAAUGGACGUUAUGAUUGUUAAUAUGUUUAAGGAUAUAAUAAAAUCGAUAAAUAAUGCUUUAAUAAUAGUGGAGAAGGAUACAAAACAAAACAAUUGA